GGUUGCAGGAGCCGCGGCCACGCACUCAGGCGCACGCGCGGUAGCCACGGUGACGCUGCCACGACUCCUAACCGCUACCGGGAUGGCGUCUGGCUUCAAGAAGCCCAACGUGGCCUCCAGCAGCCAAAAGAAAAAGGUGGGCCCUAAGCCUGAACUCACUGAAGAGCAGAAGCAGGAAGUGCGGGAAGCAUUUGACCUCUUCGAUGCUGACGGCAGUGGGACCAUCGACGUGAAGGAGCUGAAAGUGGCCAUGCGGGCCCUGGGCUUUGAGCCCAGGAAGGAGGAAAUGAAGAAAAUGAUCGCGGAGGUGGACAAGGAGGGCACGGGCAAGAUCAGCUUCAACGACUUCCUGGCUGUGAUGACCCAGAAGAUGGCUGAGAAGGACACCAAAGAAGAAAUCAUGAAAGCUUUCAGACUCUUCGAUGACGACGAGACUGGGAAGAUAUCUUUCAAAAACCUCAAGCGCGUGGCCAACGAGCUGGGGGAGAACCUCACCGACGAGGAGCUGCAGGAGAUGAUCGACGAGGCGGACCGCGACGGCGACGGCGAGGUGAGCGAGGAGGAGUUCCUCCGGGUCAUGAAGAAGACCAACCUGUACUGACGCCACCGCGGGCUGCCUGCUUCCCUGCCCCUGCGUGCGCCUCGACCCGACCGGGGCACAGCCACUGUCGGCCCCACCCCGUCCUCUCUUAUUUAUCUGUAUUGAUUUCCAAGCCUCAGAUCAAUUAUAGAGCUUUAAAGAUGCUUAUAACAA